AUGGCCGCCCUCAAUCAACCUAACCCAUCAUCACCAUAUUACCUUCAUUCCUCUAAUCCACCUGGUCAAUCACUUGUCACUCAACUUCUCAAUGGUGACAAUUACCCCACUCGGAGUCGAGCCACAAUUACCCCACUUGGAGAAGAACGUCGACGUUCCUUAUCUGAUUCACGUUCUGUCCCACUCAAUCAAUCUGCAAUGUCUGUUCAGCAAUCCACUCCAUCCCGAGGCUCCAACAAAUCUCGCCAUGGUUCUUCAUCCCGUGAUGGCCGCGGCUCAGGAUCUUCUUCCAUGCUAGCUCAUCCCAAAGCUGCUGCUGUUACCUCAUAUCUGGGUUCUCCACCUUUGAACAAUUUGACUCCGACUCUGUCUCUUCUUAAGAAUGGUGCCACAAAUCAUAUGAGGACGAAGAGGACUACUGUGAUAGGUGAGCAACACUGGGGUCUGUACACUAUGGAUAACUCUUCUGCCACCUUUAUCUCUACUGCAUCAUUUGGUUCCCAUUUUGACUUAUGGCAUUGGCGCUUAGGACACCCUUCCACCACUUUAUCUCCACAGCUGACACCUGAGCAACCUGUAUCAUCCAUCACGCUUCGUGCUCUAUCUACUGAGCAACCUAUCUCGUCAGCUAUUGACCACCCUCAAUUGCUUCCACAUCGUCCAUCACUCCUUGUGGUCACUCUUUUCUUGUUUCUUUUCUUUGGUGAAGCAUUAUUGCUUCUUGUAGCAGCUUUCUUCGUUGAUUUACUGGAAGAUUGUGAUAGUUUUGAUGGGAACAUGGAGCUGUUCUUGUUCUGUUUUGGUUUGUCUAUAGUUUUUGUUUUCUGUUCUUCUUCAGCUACGACUUUUGGCCUUUGUAAGUUGUUCAAUGAAGAGCUACAAAAUGAGAUUGUUUCUUCUACAUCUUCAAAAUCUUACAAGCUAUUAUUUUCUUAUGCUGCUUGA